AGGGCCCAGAGGCCUUUGCGCGGACGCCUACUGGUCACGUCUGCAUGUUUCUCUGGCUGCAUCUUUUCUCAGACGGCAUGGCUCUUCCUUUUUUUGCCACCCCCUUGCUGCAUAGCCUCGACGAUAUGGAUGUGCGGCUCCGACAAGAUGCUUGAGCCCCUUUGGAAAAGAUGGAGGGUUACGGGACACGAACAUCAAAACCAGUGUCGCCAAUUGUCAGUUAAACUGGGACUCGUCUGCCGUGUUCACGUUCCUGCAACGCCAUGUCGGUAGCUGCUUGCUGUCAACAAGAAAUACCAAAAUGCAUCUCCGAGUCCAAGCUAGGUUGCGGGGGCAUCGCGCACAAAGCGACAUUGCCUUGCAACCGCUGACGGUCAACGUCAAUGACGAUGGCGGACGAGAUUCCCAAGGCACCGAACGACCACCACAGUUACCUCCACAAAUUCAGAAAGCCCUGCCCGGAAGCAAAAGGCAUCCCGUUGUCCAGUUUUGUCGCCGAAACUGCCUGAGGCUCAUUCGUUUGCCUUUGGCAGCUGUGGCAAUACCGUGCAGCGUAUCUUCUCUGACUAGACUCCGCCCUUUCCCCCAAGAGAGAAACUACAAAAGCUAUAAUGACCUUUACCAGCCAUUGAAACCAGCCGCGAUUAUAUACUUCUCUUUGGUCAUAACCUGGGACAUUCUCAGGAUGCUGCAUCAGAUGUACCCUCGAGCUCCGGGACUCCAUCUUGAGUGUUUUCUCAUCUUGGAAGUCAUCAUUGGAAUCGUUGCAACUGUGUGCUUGAUGCUGGCUCCAGUUCUAAGUCGCAUCGCCGACGCAUUUCCGGAGGCCCUAAUUAUCACCGUCGUGGUCGUUGUUGCCAUCACACUUGUCAGUGCGGCCAUCAUCGGCCUUUCCGCUCGGUUGUAUCCGCGGAAGCGGCGCCAACGACGUGACUUUCUUACCGGGAAACCGACGCUCGCCUUCAGGCCCAACGGCACACUUCUCGCUGUAUAUACCAACAGUGACGAACAGCUGAGAACAAUGCGGUUCGGCUCCCUAUUCGAUGUGUCGAUACCGCGCAGAUCCAUGGCAAACUCUUCUGCGGCCCCCAGCCUGAAUGGUAGCGCCGUCCAUGACGUAGGAAGCACCUCACAGGAGGGUUAA